AUGAUUACCAUACACCUUCCACUCUUGGGUUUGGCUACGCAGAAUAUUUCCAUCAUUUCGGAGUGGAACUGCACGGCUCACCCUGGCAUCCCCCUGACUGUCUUCAGUAGUGCACACGCCCUGCUCCCCCUGACCCCUCCGUCUCCUUACACCCCCCUCCGGUUUGGACUGUUGCUGCCGUGGAACAGGAAUCCUCCGCUCCAGCCUUUUUUCCUCCUGAGUCAGCUGUUUGUGUCGGCCUGUGUGAUUGGGUCAUUUGGCAGCGACAUCUCUUUAGUGACCUCCUGCUAG